CCCCGCCGCCUGGCUCCGCUGCGCUCGGGGCAGGUAGAGCUGGGCUCCGGGCGCGCGCGGGGGCCGCAGCAGCUGCCACCCCACCCCAGCUCGCCGGGGCUCUGCGCAGAGCCUUGCGCUCCCAUGGCCGGCUCCGAGCAGCAGCGGCCGCGCCGGCGGGACGACGGCGAUUCGGCGGCGGCGGCGCCCCUACAGGACGCGGAGCUGGCCCUGGCGGGCAUCAACAUGCUGCUUAAUAACGGCUUUAGGGAGUCGGACCAGCUUUUCAAACAAUACAGGUGA